GAGCGGCCUGCGCCCGGGCUGCGGGCACGGCGGGCCGGGAGCGCUCCUGCGGCCGUGCCGUGGGAUCGACGGACACGGCCCGGCCAACUCGGUCGCCUGUGGGUCCCCGUGACCCUGCGGAGGGCCAGGAGUGGGCGGCUCAAGUACUAUCCUUUUGUUGGACGGCGCGACUCGCGGGGUGGCCCAAGUCGGGAGCGACGCAAGUCGGACGAGAGGCCCAAGGAGCGCUGCUCAGACAGAGGCCCGGGGACCCUGGGGCGUUGGGGGGCUUGAAUCUGCGUCCUGGGGUUGGCAGUCGAGAGGCCGCGGUGGGGUCACUUCCUCCCUUCUUCAGGCCUUGGUGGAGGCUCAGACGGGGCAUGCGCAGUCCCCCACCUAGUGCUUUGUGAGUGCCCAGAACCCAGGGGGCACCGUUGACUGGCCAAAGUCCAAGAGGCAGGCCCAGGCCUUGGCCGGGCGGAGGUGGCCAAGCGGUGCUCUGGGCCGGGUGGAGGAGAGUGCUGUGGUAGGCACAGUGGAGCGGGCAGUUAGCCAGCCACAGCUUACUGACCCCUGUGCAGGUCCCAGACAGGACGUGGGGGAGGCACGUGAGAGGGGGGAAUACAACCCUGACCUACACAGGGCUCACGCCUUCUGAAGUGCGGGCACCAAGGGUUAGAGGGACAGGUCAUCCCUCAACAAGCAAACAAAGAAGCUCCUUUUGGCUCCUGACAAGUGCGGUGAUGGAAAUAAAAUCGGGCGGUGACUCUGAGCUGAGCCCCAGAAAGAUAAGAUGGAGAACCUGGGAACCCUCUUACAGGUUCCCCAUUUUUUUCCUGCAGCACCUUUCGAAACAGAACUCAUGCCUCAACUUUCCAGACUCCACAGGUUUCACGGAAAACCCUUCUGUCUGUAAUCAUUCUCAUAACACUCCUCCCUGAUUCUCCAGAUUGUCUCUCGUUUUGCCUUUGAGCCUUCUAACUUUCUGUUCCCUUUGCCUGGAAAAUGAACUCCCACCCCCAACCCUUUUGUAUGUUCAUCCUUCUUGUCUCAGUUCCAGCUGAGGCUGGGAAUAUUGGUUUUAAAGUAACUGCUCCCAAGUCACUCUGUCACAAUACUGUUGUCAUUUUCUUUGUGACUCCAAUUUCUUAUUUAUUUUAUUUUAGGCUAUCCCCUCCCCAGCUGUCAAUUCCAGCACAAUUCAUGUCUGUCUUGGUUGCUGCUGUGGCCCUGAUGUCUAGAACAGUGCCUGGCACACAGCAGCUGCUCAGUACAUGUUGGUGAGGUGAAUGAGUGAGCUGGACAUGCUGUAGGAAGAGAAGGGCCGCAAACUGCCCGAACAGAGAGCAAGCAAAGGGAAGAGGUGGACAGAGGCUGACUGUGAAGGGCUUUGCAGGUCACUGAUGAGUUCAGUUUUACUCUUUGUGCUCAAUGGAGUUCUGGGGGGAUCCUGAGCAGGGGAGGGACAUCAUCUGACAUGUUUUAAGGUGGGUCCUUGGGUUAGUGAGGCUAUGGGACAUUUAGCAAGCACAAUAGACAGUGCUUUUCCUGGGCUUGGCAAAGAAAAUUGGUCUAGGAGUCACUUUAUGUUUAAAAAGGAGGCCUGGACCCAGGCCCUGCCCCCAGCCCUGUGCUCUCCCUCCUCCAGGCCUCUGAGUGUCAGUGGUGGUGUUGUCCCUUGUCACCUGGAACCCCAUGCAGCCGGAACCCAGGCCUAGCGGGGCUGGGGCCCGCACCCGAUUCCUGCCCCUGAGGUCACAGCGCCCUGAGGGUGCAGGGGACACAGUGAUGUACGCCUCCACCGAGUGCAAGGCAGAGGUGACCCCCUCCCAGCAUGGCAACCGCACCUUCAGCUACACGCUGGAGGACCACACCAAGCAGGCCUUCGGAAUCAUGAAUGAGCUGCGGCUCAGCCAGCAGCUGUGCGAUGUUACACUGCAGGUCAAGUACCAGGACGCACCAGCUGCACAGUUCAUGGCCCACAAGGUGGUUCUGGCCUCAUCCAGCCCUGUCUUCAAGGCCAUGUUCACCAAUGGGCUACGGGAACAGGGCAUGGAGGUGGUGUCCAUUGAGGGUAUCCACCCCAAGGUCAUGGAGCGUCUCAUUGAGUUCGCCUACACAGCCUCUAUCUCCAUGGGCGAGAAGUGCGUGCUCCAUGUGAUGAAUGGUGCUGUCAUGUACCAGAUUGACAGCGUCGUCCGUGCCUGCAGCGACUUCCUGGUGCAGCAGCUGGACCCCAGCAACGCCAUUGGCAUUGCCAACUUCGCUGAGCAGAUUGGCUGUGCUGAGUUGCACCAGCGCGCCCGCGAGUACAUCUACAUGCACUUUGGGGAGGUGGCCAAGCAAGAAGAGUUCUUCAACCUGUCCCACUGCCAGCUGGUGACCCUCAUCAGCCGGGAUGAUCUGAAUGUGCGCUGCGAGUCUGAAGUCUUCCAUGCUUGUAUCAACUGGGUCAAAUACGACUGUGAACAGCGACGCUUCUACAUUCAGGCGCUGCUGCGGGCUGUGCGCUGCCACUCACUCACACCCCACUUCCUGCAGAUGCAACUGCAGAAGUGUGAGAUCUUGCAGUCAGACUCCCGCUGCAAGGACUACCUGGUCAAGAUCUUCCAGGAGCUCACCCUGCAUAAGCCCACACAGGUGAUGCCCUGCCGGGCACCCAAGGUGGGCCGGCUCAUCUACACUGCUGGUGGCUAUUUCCGCCAGUCACUGAGCUACCUGGAGGCCUACAACCCCAGUGAUGGCACAUGGCUCCGGUUGGCAGACCUGCAGGUGCCUCGCAGUGGCCUGGCAGGCUGCGUGGUGGGCGGGCUGCUGUAUGCUGUGGGCGGCCGAAACAACUCACCCGACGGCAACACCGACUCUAAUGCUCUGGACUGCUACAACCCCAUGACCAACCAGUGGUCGCCCUGUGCUCCCAUGAGCGUGCCUCGCAACCGAAUCGGGGUUGGGGUCAUCGAUGGGCACAUCUAUGCUGUUGGUGGCUCCCAUGGCUGUAUCCACCACAACAGUGUGGAGAGGAGUCUGUGUCCUGCACAACUGUAUCUACGCUGCGGGGGGCUACGAUGGUCAGGACCAGCUGAACAGUGUGGAGCGCUACAACGUGGAGACAGAGACCUGGACUUUCGUGGCUCCCAUGAAGCAUCGGCGAAGUGCCCUGGGGAUUACUGUGCACCAGGGGAGAAUCUACGUUCUCGGAGGCUACGAUGGUCACACAUUCCUGGACAGCGUGGAGUGUUAUGACCCUGACACUGACACCUGGAGCGAGGUGACCCACAUGACAUCUGGCCGAAGUGGGGUGGGUGUUGCUGUUACCAUGGAGCCCUGCCGGAAGCAGAUUGACCAGCAGAACUGUACCUGUUGAACCAUUUUGGUUUUCUUGAGCAAAAAAUGGUCCCAUCAAGAGUAUUGUCGUUUUUGUACAAAAACGGGGACAAAAGAAAAGCGACAGAGCAAAUGCUUGUUCUUGAGGAUGUGAGGCUGGAAUGUCUCAGUGUUAAAAUGACUGCUUGAAAGAAAAGAAGACCAGAGUGGGAACCCACGAUCCCGUCAGAAUAGUCCCAGGAAUGUCCGAGAGAGUGCCUGGAAGGGGUUGCCAGAAGGGUGGGCUCCUACAAGAGAACACCCCACACCCACUGCCCCAGGACUAGGCCUGGCUUCCACAGCAGCAGCUGCCACCUCCCUUUGGAGUGAAAGCAGGUAUUGAGGUCAGGCUGGGUUUUGUUCCCUGUGGCCUUGUGAUUGAUUCCUAGGGGCCUGGGAAGGAGCCAAUUGAGACCUCGGGGGUGAGACCCUUCAAGAGGUGUGGACCCCGGGAUGGGCCUGUAAAUAGACCACUGGAUAUCUUUGUCCUGGACAGUCAUUUUGUUAAAUAACCCUGUAACUUUCCAAUGAAAAUAAAGAACAAACUAACCAGUGUCUUCUA